CAAUUCAACUUUAGCUCGAAUUGUUGCUGCUCUCUUACACCCUUUCCCUCGCCCAGAUUAAAACCGCAAUUAGCUCUUCGAUAAGAGCAAAUUGAUAAUUGGUCAUGCGGUCCAUCUUUUCGGUCUUGCAACGGACCGCAGCAACUUCAUGGCAGCCGCCAAUCGCCGCGUCGAUUCGGGGUCCCCGGAUGGCCCUUAAAGUGGACUCGAUUUGCGCCAGAUGUCGCCGUCAACAGAUUCGCUUUUAUAGCAGGCAGCUAGCUGAUGACCCGCGAUGGCUGUCGGUUGUGGAUCAGCCUGCACAAAUUGUUCGGACAGGUCGUAAACAUGGACCGGGUCUCAUUAUUUUAGCUCUAAUUCCUAUUCUCUCGUUCGCGCUCGGGACUUGGCAAAUCCAGCGUCUCGAUUGGAAGACCAAGUUGAUAGCAAAAUAUGAAGACCGACUUGUUAAACCUCCGCUGCCGCUGCCGCCACAAGUCGAUCCGCACGCGAUCUCUGAGUUUGAUUACCGACGGGUCUACACUACGGGACGCUUCAGGCACGACCAGGAGAUGCUGGUUGGCCCUCGUAUGCACGAGGGUGAGGAUGGCUUCAUCGUUGUGACUCCACUCGAGAGGGGGGAAGGGCAGAGUACUGUCCUGGUCAACAGAGGCUGGAUCUCAAGAAAGAUGAAGGACCAGAAAGACAGGGCUGAUGGUCUUCCACAGGGGGAGGUCACGGUUGAAGGCUUGCUACGGGAACCUUGGAAGAAGAACAUGUUUACACCGGAGAAUAGUCCGGAGAAUGGAAAAUUCUAUUUCCCUGACGUUGAACAGAUGGCAGAGUUUACUGGCAGCCAGCCAGUGUGGAUUGAAGAGACUAUGAUCCCGGACUUGGUUGAAUGGUAUAACAGAAGCGGCAAGGGUAUCCCUAUCGGUCGCGCCGCCGAAGUGAAUCUGAGAAACAACCACAGCCAGUACAUCUUCACAUGGUAGGUUUUCGAUGAAUUACCCCCAAUAUCCUGCAAUCGAAACUGCUGGCUUACCUUGAGUAGGUACGGGUUGUGCUUGGCAACAUCAAUCAUGCUGUGGAUGAUUAUCCGUAAGAGGC